AUUAUUCACCAAAGCACGUCGUUUGAGCAGAGGGCAGUGUUCUGUUUUGGUUUGGGAUCCCAAUUCACGGAACCUACUCUCUACUCUCCAGGGUUCCUUCUUUCACCUCUGCAAUUUCUACUCCGCCACGCCCUACGACAUUGUUCGUCGUAACCCUCUCUUCGUUCCACUUAGGAAGAGAAAAGGGUUUGUUUGGAUAUGGAAGGUGACGAGCACAUGAACGAGGUUCCAUCAGAGAACAGCAACUUGGGAAGUGAUUCUUUGGAAAAGGAGAACAUUUUGGAAGAUGAAAAGGAGGAUUUACAAGAUGGGUUGAAGUUGAGGGUGGUCACUGAGGAAGUGAGUGGAGUAUUGCUCGCUGAGAAUGGUUGCAUUUCUCUUGAGGAUGGGAGUCUCAAAAGAAGCCUUGAGACUGUUGGAACAUCUGUAUCAGGUGCUAAAAGAGCUCGGAUUACAGUUGAUGAAGAUCAACCUUCAGUUCAUUUUACGUAUAAUUCCCUAACAAGAGCUAGUAGACAGAAGCUUCAGGAACUUCUACAGAAAUGGUCAGAAUGGCAUGCUAAACAUGUUUUGUCAUCCAAUGAUGCUAGCGAAGUGUUGGAAUCCGGUGAGGAGACAUUUUUUCCUGCUCUGCAUGUUGGACUUGAAAAGACUUCUGCCGUGUCAUUCUGGAUGGAGAACCAAACAAGAAAUGAUAAGAACAAAGAUUUCAUUCCUUUAGCUGAUAAUACUGUGCCUCUAUAUGAUUGCGGAUAUGCUUUGGGAUUGACUUCAGCUGAUGGUUCAAGUAAUGUGGAUGGGAAGUUUAGUUCAGAUGGCAUUUUGAUAUGUAAGAAAGCCUUACUUGGCCAAUUGAUGUUGCCAUCUGUAGCAGAUUGUGAGCUUGAUCCACCUACGUGGCUUAACAGAAUGCGAGAACUAGGAUACCCACCUGGAUAUCUUGAUGUGGACAAUGAGGAUCAGCCUUCUGGCAUUACAAUAUUCACUGAUAGUGAGAUUGCUGACCAAGAGGAUGGGGAAAUUAUGGAAGCUGAUGCUUCCAAACCAAAGCGUAAAAAGACUGUCAAAUUUCCUGGAAUAAAUGCUCCUAUUCCAGAAAAAGCUGAUGAAAGAUUGUGGGGCACUAGGGCUGGACCCUCGAGUUCAGACAUAUCAAGAAACUUGUCAUUGCCACAGCACAGGUCGAAUUAUAGUACUGAUUAUGGCAGCCAAGGAUAUCAUCGCGAACAUAGAUUAGGGGAUCUUAGGGAUGAUGGUCCACCAGGGGACCCAGGACAUAGUUCAUCUAUGUUCAGUUUUCAUCCUAGGUUUGGUGGCCAUGAUUCUGCACUAAGAAGUCCUUCAAUGGCAAGGUCUCAAUCUGACAGGGGUAGAAGUCCUAUGCAUGACGAAGAAUCCUCAAUGCCUUUUUCUUUCCAUUUUCUUCAUUAUUCAUCUUCAGAGAGGUAUUUUUGGCCCUUGGAUCAAGAUUCUGGUAGACUAGGGAGCUGGACCUCCGAAAGUAUGUAUUAUGACAGGGACUGUGAUUUUUCGUCUCGAUUUAUGGACAGGUCAAACGAUGGUCACUACCGCAGUUGGAGGUGAGGAUGGCACAAACAGGAUCAAUCAUAUUGGUAGGUUCUGAAGAUACAUUCCUGUCAUUCAUACAUUGAAAUUAUUUACCCUCACCUGUAUUAAGGACUGGGGUUAUGCAGAGUUCUAGCGAAGUUAGCAGCUUUAACCAUUUUUCUGGUAUAGCUUUAUUUGCACUCUGCUUUAUGUUAUUAGGGUUUAUAGCCUACUCCUAACUCUGAGUUGCUUGUAGAAUGAAACUUUAGCUCAUGUUUAAAUCUUUGCAAUAGAAUAUGGUUAUUUGUGAAAGAUGAAUUAUCUAUUAUAACUUGUU